UAUUAGUGAUAUAUUUUGCUAAUAAGUUACUAAGUAAUAAGUAUUAUCAUUUUUUAUACAAGCUUUUAUGGCUUUAGCAAUUCUCAAUUCUUUAAAAUUUGAAGCAGAGACAUGAAUCAGAUUUAUAAUCAAAUUGAUCGAUAAUAUUCUUAUUAUGAUGCAAUCAACUAAUUAGAAACAAUUAAAUGGCAUUUUUAAAAAGAACUUCAAGACUGCACCUUUAUAAAUCAUGUUUCAAGUUAAUGAGUCAGCAAAGAAAUAAAGUAACUGCAAAAGAUUUAAGAAAAGUCAAUGAAAAUAUAGAUGCAAUAAAUUUUAUGGAGUAUGUUGAAAAUGAAAAUACUGUUAACUUUAAAAAUGUCAAGGUGAUUACACCAAAUAACUUUGAAAGUCAUUUUCUAAAUAGUUUUAAAUUAAAAUUUGUUAGCAUAGAUGAGGGCAAUGCCAAGCCUGGAAUUGAGUUGAUAAGAAAUGUUGCUGCUAAUUAUGAUUAUUGGAUUGUAAGAAAAAACCAAUCAAAUUUACUAUAUUAUCGUGUGGAACUCUUUUUGCAGCGUUUAAAAUAUUUGAAAUCAGUUGGACUUACUCCUCGCCAGAAGUUGAAACAUAUUCAGAAAUUUCCUCCCUUACUUUUAUUUACCUUUACAGAUAGUACAUUUAAUGGCAAAUUGAUAUACUUGCGUGGGCUGAUUCCUAAAGAACAAACUGGUUUUGUUCAUUUUUUUUAUCCAAUAACAAGUGAGGUAACUCUCAACCGACAAGAUAUUGAGCAACGUAUAAAAUCUAUGGAAGAACAUUUAGAGAUUCAGCAAGUUUCUGCUCUUAGAGAAUGUCUAAACAUGCCAUGUUUUUUUAUGGAGCCAUCGUUACUAGCAAAUUUAGAUCACCUUAUUCUUCAUAAGCACUCUAUGCCCUGGAAUUAUUCUGUAGACAAAUAUACUUCAAAUGUUUUACCUCCAAUAUGUAAUUUACCAGGACUUGGAUUAACUUCAGAUAUUCAUUUUAGCAACAAGGCUACAAAUUCCACAAUAUCUCAAUUGCCCUCAUACUCGCUUGAUCAAAUUUUGUGUUAUAAAUAUUCUCGUGACAAUGGUGUAGGCACUUCAGAGUGUCUUUCUACAUUUUUAACAAAAGCUGAGCUAGAGGAGGAAAAAGAUCGCACUGGUGGACAACCCGUCAAAGGAAUACGGGGUUUUAAUGUUCCAAAGAGACAAUAUUAACAAUAUUACUAUACUAUUUAUAUAUAUUCCCAAAGCUUUA